GGCGGCGCUGGGCGUCUGAGCUGGCCCGGGCCAUGAGCGCCGCCCGGCCGCAGUUCAGCAUCGAUGACGCGUUCGAGCUGUCCCUGGAGGACGCGGGCCCUGGGUCCGAGCCCAGUGGGGUCGCCCGCUUCGGUCCACUGCAUUUCGACCGCCGGGCCCGGUUCGAGGUGGCCGAUGAGGACAAGCAGUCCCGACUGCGCUACCAGAACCUGGAAAACGAUGAAGACGGAGCCCAGUCGUCUCCGGAACCGGAUGGGGGAGUCAGCACCAGGGAUUCGGCCCAGACCUCCAUCCGCAGUUCUCAGUGGUCCUUCAGCACCAUCAGUACCACCACCCAGCGCUCCUACAACGCCUGCUGCAGCUGGGUCCAGCACCCUCUGAUCCAGAAGAACCGCCGGGUCGUACUGGCCUCCUUCCUGCUGCUGCUGCUGGGGCUGGUGUUGAUCCUGAUCGGCGUAGGACUGGAGGUGUCUCCCGCUCCAGGUGUCGCCAGCGCCAUCUUUUUCGUGCCAGGCUUCCUGUUGUUGGUCCCGGGAGUCUACCACGUGAUCUUCAUCUACUGCGCCGUUAAGGGGCACCGCGGCUUCCAGUUCUUCUACCUGCCCUACUUCGACAAGUGA